AUGGUGGCCAACUAUGCCUUUCAGUUUGCGGGGGAGAUUUUACGCAGGGCGACAGAGGAUACAGAUCCAGAAGAUAAUGCGCCAGAACCAGAGAAGAAGGAGUUUUUCAGCUCCUGGGCUCUUUUCAUCCUCAUCAUGCUCCUGAUCGCUGCGCUUUUCACAAGUUAUAUUCUUCAGCAGAGGAAGAUACAGGCUGUUCAUGAAACGGUGUUAUCUAUCUUCGGUGGUAUGUUCGUCGGAUUGAUUAUACGAUUGACCCCUCCGUCGCCGAUUCAAGAUGUCGUCACGUUCGAUUAUCAAUUCUUUUUCAACUUGCUUUUGCCGCCGAUUAUUUUGGCCUCGGGUUAUGAGUUACACCAGGCAAACUUCUUUCGCAAUAUUGGAACGAUUUUGACCUUUGCUUUCGCCGGUACUUUCAUUUCUGCUAUCGUGCUCGGCCUUAUUCUCUACCUAUGGACGCGAAUCCCGUUAGAUGGCUUGAAUAUCAGUCUUGUCGAAGCCAUCUCCGUCGGCGCAACCCUCUCCGCAACCGAUCCUGUGACGAUCCUUGCGAUUUUCAAUUUAUACAAAGUCGAACCGAAACUAUAUACAGUGAUCUUUGGCGAGUCGAUCCUAAACGACGCUGUCGCUAUUGUCCUGUUCGAGACUGCCCAGAAAUACGCCGAAAAUGACGCGGCAAAACUUACCGUGCUCAAUCUUUUUGAAGCUAUUGGGCUUUUCUUGUUGAUCUUCUUUGGUAGUAUGCUUGUCGGUAUCUGCGUCGGAAUUGGGACGGCUUUGCUUCUCAAGUACACGCAUGUUCGCCGGUUGCCGAAGAUUGAGAGUUGUCUCAUCGUCUUGAUUGCAUAUGCCAGCUACUUCUUUUCGAACGGAGUAUAUCUUUCUGGAAUUGUGUCUCUGUUAUUCUGUGGAAUCACGCUCAAACAUUAUGCUUACUACAACAUGUCCAGAAGGACACAACUCACCACCAAAUACCUAUUUCAGGUGAUGUCACAAUUAAGUGAGAACUUUAUUUUCAUCUAUUUGGGCCUUGAUCUCCUCGUGGAAUCGCAACUUCGAUUUAAACCACUUUUCAUCAUUGUUGCCGUCCUGGGUAUCUGCUUUGCACGAUAUCUCUCAGUAUUUCCACUAUCCAAAGCGGUUAACUGGUUCAUUCGCUACCGGGCCCGACGACGUGGAAAGGAUGUGGCCGACGAACUCCCAUUUUCAUACCAAGCAAUGCUCUUUUGGGCCGGAUUGCGUGGUGCAGUCGGUGUUGCACUGGCAGCUGGCAUGUCAGGUCCUAACGCACCCGCUUUGCGAGCGACGGUCUUGGUUGUCGUCGUGCUCACAGUCAUUAUCUUCGGAGGUACAACCGCCCGAAUGCUGGACAUACUCGGGAUCCGCACCGGGGUUGUUGAAGAGGUUGACUCGGAUGAUGAGUUCGAUAUUGAGAUUACUCAUGGCGGAACGUACUACAAAAGAGCAAAUAGCUCUGGAAUUGGAUACACACCGCGUGCCACUGACCGUACCAUCCCUCUGGAUAAUGUCGGCGAUCGACCAAGUGUGCCUACCACGGAUAGUUAUUCAAGCGGCAACAACCGUCGGCCGAGUCCACCAUCCCGUUCAAGGAGUGCGGCGCGCAGGACGAAGAAGUUCAACUCUGCUGAUCGUGACCAGUCUGCUACACAGGGACUUUUAGGAGUCGUCGCUGGCAGUCGUAGCGAAAGCGACAUUGGCAGUGAUGAAGACAUUACAGGCGUAAAUGGCGGAAAACAAGUGGCCAUUGACGCAGAUCAUUUGGAUGAAUUCGACCUAGAUGUAGACCCUCUCUCAGACGACGAUCUUCCUCCGGCGGCACCAUCCACCUCUCGUCUCCGUCGGUCGCCAUCCCAGCCCCAAACUGCAUCUACCGGCGCUUCCCCUGCUAGACGCGCUACGGAAAGCAGUACUGGUACGCAUCGUGAGCCGAUAACUGCUCGCAAUGCGCUACGUGAACUAUUCUCUGGUGGUCCAACGGGUGAUCACGCGGAAUGGUUCCGACAGCUGGAUGAGGACUUUAUCAAGCCUACCCUUCUCCUCGAUCAAUCGAAUCAUAAGGGGCCGGGAGCGGUUUGA